UGUGCUGGGGUUUUAGUGAACUGGGUUCUUGUCCUCUUGAUCGAUUAUGCACAUUCUGAAUUUUUCUUCUUCUUCUUAUUGUUUACUUUAGGUUACCCGAAAGAUGCUUAUCCACCACCGGGAUACCCUGUUCAGGGCAGCCAUGGACAGAAGUUCCCUUCCCAAAUUAAGCGUAGCAAGAAACAGCCAUAGACAAAGCCUCUUUCUUAGCUUCACCACCGCCUGAUUCCUAGUUGUUCCACUACACCGACUCCACCGCGUUGUUAAACCCACCGACAACGGCGACGACGGAUUCCUUGAAAUGCCAUCAUCAAUUGCAGUACAAUUUCCAUCAGCAAGGACAGGAGGAGGGUUCCUUCGGCGGUGAUUACAUGGGCUGCGUUUUGAACGGGUUUCACGGAGGCGGCAGUGAGGGUGGUGGGUUAGGGGAAGUGGCGGAGAUGAGUCGGAGCCCUUCUUCUUCCGUUAAAUUGAAACCCGACCCGGGUUUCUGCUGGGCCGAUUUGGUUCCGGUUGAGAAUCAUGUGAACAGUUCGCCAACGACAACCGAAUCGUCCUCGCCGCCGGCGAUGGAGACGCCGGCUACGGUGGAGGUAAUAUCCACCUCAGGGUUAUCCUCCCCAACAACAAUACACACAGCAACAAUAUGCUGAGCAACCACCCAGGCAACAAAAAGAAGUUGGCUUCCUUGAAGGAUGGUCUGUUUCCCUUCCUCCCUUUUACUUUCUCCUUCCGAUUACUCACCCGCCAAUAUUCGAAGGAGCAUGGAUCAGAAUUGCGGUGGCGUAGAUGGCGGAGGCCAUCUAUUAAGUUUUGUUUUUAUUUUUUAAUAGUUGUAGAACAUUUUUAGUAAAUCUAGUGACCAUCCUUGCAAUUAACCCGAAAAAAUUGCAAGCAAAAUUUCACGUUCUUCGGUAAAAUAAAGGAAAUACUUUAUG